AUGUUCUGACCUGCUAUGACAACCAAACAACAACAGAUCAAUUUGAGGGGAAGACGAGGGUUGCCAUCGGCGAUAAGAUAUUCACAUCACAAGACUUGGCUAGGCGAUCAAGGAGGUACGCCACACACAAGGAGACUCGGAAACAACAUAAGGCUUGGGGCAGCGAGUGGAGGGGCACCUUACGAGGUGUACGUCACGUGCCAGGGUGUGCUAUGGGAUGGUAAAGGUGUGAUUCCUGGAAGCCCUGAAACCAUCGCAAAAUUGAAAGCUUUGGGAAAAAGAGUGUUUUAUGUCACUAACAACAGUUCAAAGACAAGGAAAGAAUAUGUGUUGCAGUGCCAAAAGUUUGGCUUUGAUGCUACAGAGGAAGAGUUUGCAUCAACGUCCUAUGUAUCAGCACUUUAUUUGAAAAAUCUGGACUUUAAAGACAAGGUGUAUGUUGUUGGUAAUCCAGCCAUGGCUACAGAAUUGGAUGCAUGUGGUAUUAAAUACACAGGCAUUGGGCCAGAUCCACUUCAUGGGAACUUGGAUGACUGGCUUAAAAUGGAGCUUGACCCUCAGGUAAAGUGCGUACUUGUUGGCUUUGACAGUCAUCUUAGCUACAUGAAGAUCAUGAAGGCAGCUACUUACUUGCAAAAUCCAGACUGCCUUUUUCUGGCUACUAAUGAGGAUACCCACCUGCCUGUCAACAACUGCCCUAUUCGCAUUCCAGGAACUGGGACCAUGGUUAAGGCAGUUGCAUGGCCAGCCCAGCGAGAACCAGUAGUGAUGGGCAAGCCGGAGCCAAGCAUGUUUGAAGUGCUGAGAAAAACACAUGGCCUUGAUCCUGCUCGCACUGUUAUGGUUGGAGACAGAUUGAACACAGACAUUGGUUUGGCCAAGGUGUGCGGACUGAAGUCUCUGUUAGUCUUGACAGGAGUGGCCAAGAUGAGUGACCUCCCCAAGAACAAUGUGGAGAAGAGUUGUGGAGUAGGGGAUUGUUCCGAACUUCCUGAUCUUUAUACUUCCAGUCUAGGCAACUUGGGUGCUUUUAUAUGAAGGCUUUAUAGAUGUGCAGGACUGUGAUUUCCCUACGUGAUGGUGAUCAAGCACCAUAAACAGUCUUUCAUUGUAUUCAAUAAGUUUCAACAGUAUUUAACACUCUACCCCAUUUGUCUGCUAUAGCAUCCACCGUUUUCUAUGACAAUGGUCAAUUUAAUGUAGGACUAUUUUGUAGCUACCAUUGCUGAAUCAUAAGUCCUCAUAAUUUAUGUGUACUAAUUUUAGACAAUCUGGAGACUAAAAAGAGGUUUGAAAGCUAUGAAAAUC